CAAUACUGUAAAGGCCCACCCCUCUAACCAAGCGAGUGCUCCCAUACUGUGGAAAAACAUAGGAUACCGCUGGACUGGUCUGGAAGGCGGUUUAGCAUAGCGUAGCAUAGCACAGCCAGAAAGGUCCACUAGAAAGGUCUGUUACACUACGGUUGUGACCUGAAGAUGACCUAACACAGAUCCUUGAUGAUGAGACAGAUCUGUAACUGAAUCACAGGAUGAGCAGAAAUCAUAGACGGAUAGAAAUGGAUCUGGCUUUAUCAUCAUCAUCAAAGCCUUAUGGGGCAUCCCGGAGUAUUGUCAGAAGAAUUGCCACAAAUCUCCCAUUGGCACCUUGUGCUCGUGUCCAUUUUCAGCUUCAUCCGUUCACUUCAGGAGCGGGUUUCCUCAACAGUUCAAAUGGACUUGUGGCCACACUCGCUGAUGUGGGCUGGAUCGAAAGAGAAGAGAGCGAUGGAGCUGGCAGAAAUAGGUCUGAGGCGAAUCCUGGGUUGUUCUUUCGCACCCAGCAGCGCAGGCCCCUGAGACGUCAGCGGUCGUUACCCAGCUUGCACCAGGCUGAACCUGCGCCACAGAGCCAGGCGAUCAUCAAUGAUGAAGCCAUUCAGAAGAUCAGCGUUCUUGAGACUGAGCUGGCCAAACUCAGAGCGCAAAUCGCACAGAUAGUUCAGGCACAGGAGCAAAGCGCACAAUCCACAGCUCCAGCACCAGGUGGUCCCCCUGUACCCCAAGCUCCACCAAUGGCUCCACCUCCACCACCACCACCCCCCCCUCCUCCUCCGUGUCCUGCCCCCAGCAUGCAGAGGAGCUAUUCCGCCAUUGACCUCAUCCGAGAGCGCCGUGGGAAAAAGACGGAGCAGAACACCGUACUAGACUCAGCACCCAAAAAGCCAGAGCUUCCCAACAUGCUAGAUGUGCUGAAAGACAUGGGGAAAGUGAAGCUGCGCUCAGUUAAGAGUCAUCAAGAGGACAGUCACACGAAACCCAAACCUGUUGAGCCCACAGACGCUGCAGCAUUAAUCGCAGAGGCUCUGAAACGCAAGUUCGCUCACCGCUACCGUAGCGACAGCGAAUGUGACAGCACCUUUAACUUGCCGGCCCCUGAGAAUAAUAAGAUCCAUGUAGAAACACCGCUGUUUGGACAGCAUAUGCUGAAAUCAACUGGAAGGAAAAAACUGUACUAGGAUGAAGCUGACCCCCGUUUCUUCUUAGUGGGUUAAUGGAGUUAACCUGAUGACUCUCGAUUUAGCGAACUUUUCUUGUUGGCUCGUAAAUUUUGCGUUCACUUAAGCGAGCAUGCACAUGCUGAAACACUACGCAGUCAAUCUGGAUUCCCUAUUGGAUAUCUUUGUAAUUUUGCACUUUGAAAAGUUCAUUUGUAUCGGUACAUGUUGUGCCACAGUCAGUUCCAUCAUUAAUGCGAGUUACAUGGAAAAAUGUUUUUGUUUGGUUGUUUUUAUCUAUGAUUUUAUUUGUGGGUUGAGUUGCAUCUAUUUUAAGGUCAACAGUGCAAGUAUUCAACCUUGUUGAAUUCUUGUUUGAAGGGAUAAUGUUGAAUGAAAGCACCAAAGUGUAUGGAUUUUUUUUUUUAUCAGUAGUUUUGUGUAUUUUUAACAUCUGUUUGCACAGAAGUUCUUUCUACUUCAAAGGUACAAUUCAUAAUUGCUGGAAAAUCACUCAUUUCUGAAACCAGCUUUUUCUGUCAUGAUGCUACCAAUAUUGCAAUUAUGAAGCACACUUUUGUAAUCAUAAAUGGGGCUUAGAUGGUGCUAGGUCAGUAGUAUUUGCUCAAUGUUGAGAGCUAAUUUAAAAUGCCUUUUUAGGUUGUAAUUUAUUAUUAUUUUUUGAACAUUUCUAUUACAUGGUCUUGGAAGUGACUAGUUAUUUAACCAGUUUAACAAAUCACUUGAAUAAUGUAGUUUUGUUUCUUGUGAACAAUGCACAGGAUAGUAUGUAUAACAAGUCUAUUGGCAUUUAAGCAUACUUCAGUGUUUCAUCAGAAUUGACUGUUUGUACCUUUUAAAAGGUGUUUUCUUUUGCACAUUUAACCUAGUCUAUCUGUUGUCCAUCAAAACCCAGUGCAUUUGCAUUAUAAUAUAUGAUUUCUCAUUUCAAAAGUUUAUACUGGAUUUAAUGGUCAGCACAUGUAGGAGCAGUACCUCAGCGGAGAUAUAUUUUGUUUCAUUAUAGAUUGUGAUAUUUCACACUACAGAACCAUUUUGAAUGGACUUUCAAUUGUUGAGUAAACCAAUUGGUGUCUUCUCAUUUGUGUAAAGGUGUUUCUGUUUGGUUAAACAUUCAACACAUGAUUGGGUCUGGUUUGUACAGAACAGCAUGAGCUCAUGCCAUCCGGUAGAGAAACAUUUUGUGAAGAUUUAUUCAUCAAAAAUGCAACUGCAACAAGUAUGUAUCAAAAGGUUAUACGGCAAAGCCUUUACAAAAUGGCUUGACACAUAGGUCGUCUCCCCAAAAUGGCUGUUACAACAAACUGUAAACAGUUUUUUUUCUUAAAUCAACAGUCUUACAGCACUUACAACAAAAAUACAAAUCACCUAAAAUAAAGCACCUCUUCUCUUUCCAAAUAUCAAGAGAAGCACAAAACUGUCCAUUCUGUACAGAAUCCAAAACCAUACACAAAAAUGGAAUGUUCAAUGUUAAAAAUCAAAUCAUUAAACCAAUUCUCCUCCAUACUGUAUAUUUAAAAAAAAAAACA